CCGCAACGUUCUCCGGGAGCGUAGGUCUAGUGUGACGUCACGGUAGCCUAGUUGGGUUAGGUUUUACGCUGGAAAUUCUAACGAAAAAUUUUUUGUUUGACGAUUAAUGUUUUUCCCAUUGUAUCUGCUACAUCGAGCGACGUGAAGAGCUAACGCAGUGGCGAGCAGUAAUCAUAUUUCAUAAAUCGUUCGAUCGCGAGACUUCGCGCUAUCGGCGUAUAUGAGAUUUUAAACGGAAAAUGAAUCGACAUGACGGGGUAAGUUGUGACGCCUGCUUAAAGGGGAAUUUUCGGGGUCGCAGAUAUAAGUGCCUCGUAUGCUACGAUUAUGAUUUGUGUGCCAACUGUUACGAAGGAGGUGCCAGUACUACACGUCACCACAGUGAUCAUCCUAUGCAGUGUAUACUUACUAGAUCUGAGUUCGAAUUAUAUUAUGGUGGAGAAGCAGUAAGUGUAGAACAACCGCAAUCUUUAACUUGUCCUUAUUGUACAAGAAUGGGUUUCACUGAAGCUACACUACAAGAACAUGUUGCUGCAGAUCAUUCAGAUACUUCAUUUGAAGUUGUUUGCCCAGUAUGUGCAUCUAUUCCAGGAGGGGAUCCGAAUAACGUGACUGAUGAUUUUGCGGGUCAUUUAAGUUUGGAACAUCGUAGUGGACCAAGAGAUUUGAUCUCUUUUCUAGAUGAACCAGCUUCAAGUAGAUAUACUGGUAGACGGAUAACACAUUCAUCUAGAGUUGUUGGUGGGCCACGGCCUCGCAGGUCCAAUAUGCAUUUCAGUUCGUCUGGAGGAUUGAGUCCGAGUAGUCGAGAAGGUAUAGAUCCAAUUACAGAAUUACUUUCUCAAUUAUCCGGUGUUCGUAGAAGUGGUGGAGGAACUGGUCAGAGUUCGUCAGCACCAACGCAAUUACAUCAAUUGCAAAUGCAGCUACAGUUAGAACGACAACAAGUUAGAGCUGCUAGACAACAAUUGGAGCGGUUACCUAGGAGGCAGACUCAAGUUCUUGGUUCUGCAAGUUGUGGAGGAAUUAUUAGUGGAAGUGGUCAUUCUACUACUAUGACCAAUGUGGUAGCAAAUAGUACGACUAGUAACAAUAAUACAAAUAAUGUGGCGAACCCGUCCGGCGUAUCAUCUACCAGUUCACAGAACUAUAUGUUUCUAUUGCCAAAAUGUAUUACCAGUUCUCUCUCUGACUCACAGUUGCAAAAUAUUGAACGUGAAAGUGCAAAUAGAAGUCUUUUUACGUGCGAACUUAUUCUUGGAACACUUUGUCAAACAUUGCCGGAAUUAACACAGGAACAAUCUGUAGCACAAACACCAGUAUCAAGUGCAACUACUGCUACAAACAGUCCCGAAACACCAAAUGCUAAUUCUUCCACAAUUUCUACAAAGAAAUUAAAUGUAACUCAAGAAGCGAAAAGGGAUCAAACAAUGAAUAAACAUGUAACGCAGACAUCUACGCAACAAUCACAUACUGUUCAGACUACUACUGCUGGUAGUGUAGGGACAGGUCUUCAAAGUCAAGGAUUGCCUCCAAAUUCUAAUAACCUUGCGUUACAAAAUACACCUAUGGUUCAAACACUGAUGCAUAGUGUAUUACCUGAAUCAUUGGUAUUGCAGGAACCACUGUCACUACCAUAUAGUAGAACUAUCAGAGAACCGAUAGUAACUCCAGCGCCAGCGUACCUUAGAGGUGGAGUUGGUCCAGUUGGCGUAACAGGUCCUUCACGUAGGAAGCCGGUUAGAGCUGUAGAUGGCAGAAACCAAUCUACGGAACCUCCGCCCCCACACUAACCCUUCCUUAGCCCGUACCCAUCCACCCUGAUUCCUCACAGGACCCUCUAGCACUAGUCCUAGCACUGUUUAGAACACCUCAUCAUUAUUGUUAUUAUUAUAAUAUUAUAUAUUAAUAAUUAUUCAAUGCCCUCCUCCUCACCCUCCCUAUCUUAUCACUUCUCAAAACUCUAAUCUCGCCAUCUUUUGUCGUUACGUGACAUGGAACAAGGGCAAGGGCUGAUUCGCCGACAUAUGCAAAUAAUGUAAAUAACUCACUUCUUGCAGUCAUAUACACUCCUCGCUAGAGGUUGAAAACGGUUAUAAUAUGAGUUCGGAUUCUCGAAACAGUUGUAAGAACCGACAUAAUGUAACAGUUGUAGGUGAAGAAAGUUCUGAGGGUGCAGGACCUAUAUCGGUUAUGGAUACAUUUCUGGAAUUUGUUAUGUUUUAUAAAUCAGUUAUGUAUCAAUUCUGUACGUUUCUAAAAAUACAUUAAUUAUAUAUCAAUUUUGAAUUGAUUGAA